AUGAGUGGUUCAGCCGGUGCACAGUGCGGCCGGGCGCCAUUUCUCCCACGUGACGGCAGUGGGAGCAGCUUCAGCUCGCUUUCUUACUCUUAUGACUCAUCUCGAUCACUGUCCCGGUCAUACUCCUACUCGUCGUCGACCUCCUCAAGUUCAUCUGACGAGCGCCCACGCCGCGGCCAACGUCGUCUUCGCAGUCGCUCGCCGUCUGAGGACGCAGCUCACAAGCAGCCACGCAGCGACGCGGUGCUGUCGGAUGAUCUCUCUUUUGCAUCUGGUCACUCAGUUCCGCCGUCUUACCACCACUCUCCAUCCUUCAUAGCACCAAUGCUUCCACCGGUGCUCAGUGACACUGUGCUGCCUGAAACGCCGGACGCCCAGCUCUGCAGUGUCCUAGGCGCCCCAGACACCCCCAGCGAGGACUGGCCGUGUGGUGUGUGCAGCAACAUCAACUCCAAGCAGCGGACUUCGUGCUUCCGGUGCGGCUGUCACUACGCGGAGAGUCUCCUGGCAAUGCCAGGCUACGAGGUGUCGCUGACCCACUUGCCCGCUAGCUGCACCCCAGCAAUGGUGGAGGAGGCGGUGCAACGGGUGGCUCCAAACUGCUCUUUGAAUUAUGUUGGCACUGACGUUGAGAAGGGCAUCACGUACAUUCAGUUUUCUUCCGUUGAGGAGGCGACAAAGUGUCUGGUGCAGAGUCACUGCGAGCUACAGCUGCGCGGCGGGGACGACGAAGAAGGCGUCAGCGUGCGCACGCGGCUGAGCUUCUCCCUGGGUCCGCAUCCUUUCCACGAACGCAGAGAGACGGAGGAGCAGGUGGCACGGGCGAUGGCGCAGGCUGCAGCGGAGAAGCAGGAGGCAGCGCUGCAGAAGGCGGGUGUGCCGCGGUUUUUGUGGCCUCACACGUGGCGCCAGCCGCCAGCCUUUCCCUCCGCCGAGAAGCACAAGGCGUUUCUCAGCACCAUGUCUGCCCACUGGGAGUACCUCUCCGAGGAGCAAAAGCGCUACUACGACGCUGAGGUGAAGAAGGCGCUGCUUCGGACGGCUGCACCGACGGAGUCAGCAAACAAGAAGAACGGCACGUCUGUGCCACCCCUUGCGAAGGCUGGUACCGCGGCAGAAGUCGCAACCCCCCUCUCUGCCGAGUUGUCGUCAGCUUCCUCUUCACCUAGCACAUCUGCUGCGGCGAGAGAGGCCGGUAAAACGUCGCAUGCGCUGGACGGCCUCAAGAAGCGACUAGCGGAGCGGAAGAGCGCCAUGAAAAAAGUUGACGGCGCUGAUGGGACCAAAGCGGUGACGGGAGCUGGAAUGACAGGGCAAGCGGGUGCUCUGACCGCAUGUCACGGGAGAGAUUCCACCAAUAGUGGCGGUGGUGGUGCGGCUGGUCUUCCCUCUUCGCUGCGGAGGGGUAGCGGCGACUUUCCCGCGACGUCAUCGCAGGUGCCGGCGGAGGCGCUCUUGUGGGAUGGCUUUCCGGUGCCGCUUCAGUACACCAGCCUUGGUAAAGUGCCGCGUUCCAUCGAAUUGCCUUGUGUGCCCAUCUCGGUGUGCGAGCGGCUGCUGCCACCGGCCCUACUGCAUGUGGCACGCAUGCAGUUCAAGCAGGCUCGCUAG